GCUCCACCCAUAUGUCGAGCAUGUACUUCGCAACAAACGUAAUUAAAAACAGACGGGAGUCUACCCAUUUGAAAGUGCAUAAGUAUAGUAAUCUGACCUAUCUUGUCUGUGUGGGAAGCAACGCAUCGUAUUAUUAAAAGGAAGUGGCAGAAGAAGUGAAUUCUGAACUUACAAUCGCUUUUGGUGGGGGGGAAAUGAGACAAAAUUGCAGUGUGCCUGCAUUCUUGAACAAGUUAUGGACCUUGGUGGAAGACCCAGGGACGGAUGAUCUAAUCUCCUGGAGUCGAAAUGGCGCCUGUUUUCAAGUGUCCAAUGAAAGGCGCUUCGCUAAGGAGAUCCUUCCCAUGUACUUCAAGCACAAUAAUAUGGCAAGCUUUGUCAGACAACUCAACAUGUAUGGCUUUCACAAAGUGGUUCACAUAGGUGUAGGCCUACCCCGAGAGUUGGAUGAUGUAAUCGAGUUUCAACACCCACAUUUCAGACAAGGAGAGCCUCAGUUACUGGACAACAUUAAAAGGAAGGUUUCUGUAAGCCGAGUUGACGAUCUUAAACUGAAACAGCAAGAGGUGUUGAAAAUCCUGUCAGAGGUUCGUCAGAUGAAAGGAAAACAUGACUUGGCUGAUGGCAUGAUUCUGGCAAUUAAAAGGGAAAAUGAGGCAUUGUGGAAGGAGCUAUCAACCCUGAAACAGAAGCAGCUCCAGCAGCACAAAGUUAUUCGGAAGAUCAUCCACUUUAUUGCUACUAUGGUACAGUCAAACAGCAUGCCUGGAAUCAAGAGAAAAAUGCCCCUGAUGAUUGGUACUUCUGGAUUACCUCAUUCCUAUGCCAAGUAUAGUAGGCCCAUCACUAUGGAUUCCAGUCAGGAUGGCACAGCAGUACAUGGUAUUCCGAAAUGUGAAACCUGUGAGAAAAGCAGUGUUUAUCCUGGAGGCGUUAUCAUCUCUGAAAUCACACAUUUGAUUGGAAGUCCGGAUCAUUCUUCUGAAGAACAGCACAGUUUUGAGAGUGGAAAGCCAAGAACUGCUGAAACACUGUUCAGUACGGAUACAGACAACCUGGUUGCCACUUCCAGCACAGUGACUUCACCAUUUACAUCACAUGACCUGUAUGACACACUUCCUGGAUGAAAACUGUCAAAUGACCACAGAAGAGA